AAAAGAGUCGGUUCAGUGUUUCGAUUCUGACUCUGAGUCAUGUAGUCAGUUAGGUCACUAAUUAACAUGCUGACCUGUGAAAUCUGCUCUAGUGAGUGGAUGAGGUGUAAUACACACUGAUUAAUGCUCCGGGGGGCAGGAUCACACCCGGGCGAGUGGUUGUUGUUAUUAAAAGUAAAAUAAAUAAAAACACACAGAAGUUUGAGGAUGAUGAAGAGUAAUGAUGUGAUGAAGAAUGUGUGGAGUUUACUCCUGUAAACCUGAGCCCAGUGCGCGCGCCGCUAUUUCCGCUCCGCUCUGUCACAUGACGGUCAGACUGCGCGAGUCCAACUCACCGGAUCCACACACACACACACACACUAUGAGGAGGCGCUGCACAUCACACAACACACACACUGAUUUUCCCCCCUGAUAUGCAAAUGUGAGAUUUUCCUUAAAAGUUUGUGGUGUGUGUGUGUGCGCGCGCGCGCGCAUGUGUGUGUGUGUAAAAGUGAGAGAAGGAAUCCGGUGUGGAAGUCACGAGCGCUGAAUUUCCUGCAGAGGAGGAGGAAAAGAAAAAGAAGGGGGAAAAAAGAGGAAAGGCGGAGAGGAAAAGUGGAGUUCUGUUGAUGAAAAACAGGGAAGAUGGCUGAACAAGAGAAAGGAGAGAAAGACAGGACCAGCGGAGAGACAGACGGAGCGCAGAGAGACAGACAAAACCCCGAUACCGGAGAUCACAGGUUAAACCUGGCUGCAGUGUAUGUAUCAGAUGCUCAGCACAACAGGAACAUCAUGUUUGACACGACACCACAGGCAGUGCGGCUGUACCUGUUGUAUAAUCACUGGCUGUUGCGUGUGUGUGUGUACGUCUUCAUCAUGGUGGAUUUGUCGCUUGCACUGUUUGAGGAGCCUGCUCUCGUCCCUCUGCCCCUGUGGGCCACCUCAGUAAUAGAGCUCCUCUGCCUGAUGGUGUUUUCUGCUCGAUUGGUUCAUUAUGCUAAGGUAAUUCCCCGUCGUGUUUUCAUCAGAGAUCCUAAAAACAUCUGCAUCAUCAUCACCAUCACGUUGUGUGUGGUGGAUCUGUGUGUGUAUGGUGUUCUGAGAUUGUGUGGGCGCUCUGCUGUGAGAUGGUCCAGAGUAUUGAGGCCUCUCCUGCUCAUAAACAUCACAGAGGGACGACAGCUGCGCAGGGCCUUCAGGAGUAUCCGUAACGCACUCCCUCAGAUCCUGGUGGUGUUUUUCUUCUUCAUUUUCAGUGUGUUGAUGUUUUCACUCAUGGCUCUGAAACUGCUGGGCAAACGGAAUCUUAAAACUAUAGAUGGCGCUCCGUAUUUCACUGAUUACCUGGAGAUAGUUUUUGAUCUGUAUGUUUUAGUGACCACGGCUAACAGCCCUGACGUCAUGAUGCCGGCGUACAACUACAGCUCAUUCUUCGCCAUCUUCUUCAUCCUCUACAUCGUCAUCAACACCUAUACCUUCAUGUCAGUGUUCCUGGCUGUCGUCUACAACAACUACAAAAAAUAUCUGAAGGAGGAGGUACGGCAGCUGGUGAGAGCGAAAAGGCAGAAGUUGUGUCAUGCUUUUUCUCUGCUGCAAGAAGUGGGCGGGGCCGAGAGAGAACCACGUGUCAGUCAAACACGCUGGAAACAGUUAGUGCGUCUCGUCCAGCCUGACAUCAGCAACGCACACCGAGAGCUGCUGUGGAGUGUGUGUGACCCUCAGAACACUGGACAUGUCGGGAAGAUGGUGUUUGUGCAGUUGGCUGAUUUGUUGAAUAUUCAUGUGAUCACGAUGAAAUCUCACACACACCCACUGGACCGCUGGAUCCCUGCUUUUUAUCAGUCCACCUUCAGUAAACUGAUCCACAGUAUGGUCCAGCACAGGAUGUUUGUGUAUGUGUAUGAUGUGAUCAUCCUGAUUAAUGCGGUGUUUAUUGGUCUGGACGAGGAGAACCCGGCCGUCUCCGUGGCUGAGUGGAUCUUCCUCACGCUCUACAUCCUGGAGAUUUUACUCAAGCUCUACACCUUCGAGCCACACACCUUCUUCGCCAAACACCAAUUCUGGAACUGGUUUGACACGAUCAUCAUUGUCUCUGCUCUGCUGGCGACCAUCAUCAACUCUGCCUUAAAAUCCUCUGGAGGUUAUACGAGCCGUCAGAUUCUUGACAUCGUCUUCAUCCUCAGAGUGCUCAGGCUCAUCCGCGUCGUCGACACCAUUCCCAGGUUCCGUGCGAUCAUUAACACUCUGAUUAAGAUCGGUGCUCCCAUGCUGACAUUCGGGCAGCUCAUUCUGGUGGUGUAUUAUAUCUUUGCGAUGGUAGGGAUGGAGCUGUUUAAAGGGAAGGUUCAUUAUUUUGGUGAUGAUUCGGACAAUCCCGCGCAUCAUUUCUGUGGGAACGUCCUGCUGAACGGCUCGGCCUUCGCCAGGAACAACUACUGCAAAAACAACUUCAAUGACGUGGUGUCAUCCUUCAUCCUGCUGCUGGAGCUCACUGUCGUCAACCAGUGGCACGUUCUGGCUGGAGGCUUCACCGCUGUCACUCAUGUUUCAGCACGGAUAUUCUUCAUCCUCUUCCACAUCGUGGUAGUCAUCAUCAUCAUCAAUAUCUUCGUGGCAUUUAUUCUGGAGGCGUUCUUCAUCGAGUACAUGGUGGAGAAAAGUGAGCUGCAGACAGCGCUGGAGAAGAAGAUUGAGGAACUGUGUCUGUGUGUGGAACAGAAGCAUGCAGAUAAUAACCUGGUGGAUGCAAUGGAAACCCAGGAAAACGAUCUCGGCCCUGCUGAAGGAGCCAAAGUCAAACCCACCAUCAUUUUCAAGAUCAGCUCAACAAGGUACAGGACCAUGGAUGGCCUCCUACAGCGCAUGUUUGAAACAGAGAUGGACCUCAGCACUGAUGACCUUGAGGAAGAGGCAACAGAGAACAGGACCUUCUCGAAUCCAGUUUUCACUUCCUCAUAAGCGGAAAGAUAAACUUUCUUUAAAUGAGCUUUAUUCAAAUGAUGUCUAUAAAUGCUUACUGCAUUAUCUACUCAUGGGUGUGACAUUGGAUUAGACUGGGCGUGUGUGUGUGUGUGUGUGCGCACUGACCCGCUGAAACAGUAUUUACUUUGUGUAUAAGAAGGGAUUAAAUGAACACUUUAUAUUCACUUGUCAUUGUAUUACAAUAAAAGAUGAAUAUGUUUAAUAUAA